AUGUCUUUCAAUUUCGAUAAAGAUGCUACAGACAAUUUCGCCACAGAGGACUUCUUGCUCCUCAGACUCAUGGAAGAGAUUGCUGAAAUAGAACAGGAGAUCAAGCUUAAGACUAAGUCUAUGGAGAACAGAGUUGACUUAGUCACUAGGAUUCUUAGAAGCAGGAACAAGGGAGGCCAGAAGCUUCAUGAGAUGAUAGAGAAUGAACCUCUCAGGAAAGCCAUCGAAUCCUUCCUCCUUAAGAUCAAAGCAGACAAUGUUAUUCCUCUCGGGUAUAUCGAUGGUUUUGUCCAACCUGACCCCAAUGAAGAGGAUGCAGGAGAGCAGGAAAAUAAGGAUGAGGAAGCCAAAGAGUAGGGAUAUAUGCAGCUAAAUCCUCCUUAUACAAGCUUU